CCAUGGCCGCCGCCGGUGCAGGCCAAGGGGUGCUCGCGGCCACGGCCGCCGCCAAGGGCCCGCUGGGCAGGGCUGGCUCGGGCCCGUGCGCCAGCCCGAGGCGCUCCUCGGUCGGCAGUGCGGCGAGCGGACGCAGUGGAGGAAGUCAGCCGGGCACACCUCGAUCAUCUGGAGAGGAAAACUGCGAGAUCACGAUCCGCGAGUCGCGCAAGUCCGCUGCCGCAGGAUCCGCCGCAAGUGCGAGCGUAGGCGUGCCAGAUACCCCGUACUUGAUGCAGGUAGAGAGUGCGUCGAAUCACCAGAGGCACGCCUCUGUUUGCAUCGACGGCGUGCUGAAUCCAGAAUGGCCUCCGAGGUUCGCAUGGGACCUGCUGGUCCUAAUCUUGGUCCUGUGUGACAGCGUGGUGAUCCCGUUCCAGCUGGCCGAGUUUGGCACGGCGCCCGGCUUCGACGAUUUCUGGCUAUGGCUCACCUUCUGCAUCUUCCUGUCCGAUAUGGUGAUGAACUUCUUCACUGGCUACCGCUCAGAAAAAAAUGACAAACGCCGGCCUGAGGGAACCCUUGUUACCAAGAAGGCUAGCGUUGUAGUACACUACCUUCGUGGAUGGUUCUGGAUUGAUUUUAUGGGCACUGUGCCAUGGCAAGUCAUCGCUGGUGCUUGCAUGCCAGACACUGACACUCAGCUCACUGUGAAGGCCGCAAAAGUGGUGAAGUUGACGCGUCUUCUGAGGCUCAUGCGGGUUCUGCGCCUCCUCAAGCUCACGGUCAAUUUUGAACGCUUCGAGGGCCAUAUUGGUUCAAUCACGGCAUUAAACGUGAUGAGUCUGAUCAAGGUCAUUGCUGUGUGGGCCGCGAUUUGCCACUGGGGAGCGUGCUUUUGGUGGAUGGUCGGCAAGAGGAACAGCUUGGUGAUGAUCCUGACGUCUCAGGACGACCGUCCGGACGGGCUCCAUUGGACGGAACUGCCACGCCGGCACAGCACCCACGACGAUUUUGGAGUUUGGACGUGGGUGCAAAGGCCCGCGUCCGAGCAGUACGCUUUUUGCUUCUACUGGAUCCUUGGAGUGAUGCGCACCAUGCCUGCUGAGGUCACGCCCGUCAAUCAGGUAGAGCGAGUCUUCGUGCUUAUCUUCAUGUUCUUUGCUAUCCUGGCCUUCGCCAUCAACGUCGCCCGCCUUACGCAGGCAUGGUUCAAGUUCAGCGCACGCAGAGAAGCGUUCAAGGAGGAAAUGGCCUACCUCCGCAUGCACCUGAGAGAGACCGAAUGUGGGACUUCGUUGCAGCUGCGCGCGCAGGCAUACUUGAUGCACCUCUUCCAGAAGAGGAAGCUCCAUGCCAAGGAGGCGGGCCUGCUGAACGUCCUGCCCGAGGGGCUGAAGCUGCAGAUAAGAAACGCUUGCGUGACCCCCCAUCUUAGGAAGAUCUCACGCUUCCAGGACUGGUCCGAGUCGGCCCUGCGACGAGUCUGUGGUUGCACCCAGGCUGUGGAUUAUCUGACCGGCGAUAAAGUCACCGAGAAGGGCAGUGACGCAGAGACCGCUUACGUGCUCAUGAGAGGUGCCAUUCAGGUCUAUGUGCCCCUCCGUGAGGAAUCUCGGGCGACCACUUCAUCAAAGCUCCCACGCAUUACACUGUCGUCGACUCAGACCAGCGCCCCCCUUCAAGUCGUGGACGAGCAUUGCCUGUUCGCCGAUCCGGGGCAGAAUGUGUUCAGCAGAGACACGGUGAUAGCGAUGGAGUGCUCGGAAGUGCUGUGCAUAGACCGACGGAGGUUUCAAGAGGUUCUGCAACGGAUGAAUCCCGCCAGCUUUUUUUGAGUCCGCGGUCCUAAGCCGUUUUGCAGUACAUGACGGCCAGCUGGGGCAUCGGAAGUUGAUUGCCCGCCAGCUUCCAGAUUGCAGACGACGCUUCGCAUCAGCACGGCUGGAUGUGGUAGCGUAUCGUGUGUGGGUGUUGGGCAUUCUGGCAGCAUUUCAGCUCUUGCCUGGAUCGUCUGGUGGUCCUUUCGGGCCGUCCUGGGAGGCUAUCGGUGUCUGCUGGGACCGUCUUGGUGCUCUUGCGUGUCUGAGCGGACGCCUUCUGCCGAGGCCAGUGCUCGCAAGACACGGGGGGCUCCGCCCGCGCCCACUGCAAUGGCGGACGGGCUGGCGCGCCCAGGCCGAAAGCGUCGAAUCGCCGCCGCCCUGCUUUUUUCAGGACCGUGGGUGCCUGGUUCUGCCACGGGACUGGCGGCCUUUCUGCCUCCCUGGAGGCGGCCCUUUCUGAUCCUCUCGCGAUAAUGACUGUUCUUGCCUGGGGGCGGGCGGGAGGCGGCCCGUCUUUUUUCACUCGCGGCGAUAACUGGCAUACCAUCCGCUGCCUCUUGGGGUCCUCGAACACCAGUUCUGUCCUCCGCCUUCUCUUUGCUUUAAUGUACAGACCAUUCGGGGCUCGGAAGCUCCAACUCCAUCCCUCACAUGAGCUGAGGGGGGAGGCAGCCGUGAGCGGUGCGACAGCUGCUGUGGCAGAGAGCCAUCUCGUUCGCCAUGCCUUCGCAUCUCUUUGUCUGCUUCCUCGGGUUUCCUCCCUUCUGAGUGCAAGCGCCCUUUUUGCUGAGGGUGCUGGGGAAGGUCUCCUCUGAUGAUAUGUCGCUUUCUUUCUCUUUUAGUCUGCUCGAACCUCCUCUCUGUGCUGUGAGCUGUGCGCUUCACCUGGUGUCCGCGAGAAUCACUCGUGCGGGUACCGGCGGGCCCGCCUAUGGGAGCUGUACGCACGCUUGCGCAGCUCAGAGUGCUCAGGCGUUUUUUUCCACACGUGGCCCGAUGCAUCGCGCUGGAGUUGACCGUACAUCUGCAAUUCUGUUCUUCGCCCUCUUUCUUCCCUUGUCUCGUUUCUUGCUCCAAAAAUUGUCCGGACUCGUCUCCUGCCCUGGUUGUGCGCGAAUCCUCAGGGGGCGACAGCUCCCUCUUGGACGGCCCCCUCUUGGACGCCCCCGACGACCCACGCAGCGCCACGGAUCUUAGCACGAGCUGCUCCUGCCGCUCGGCAGGGGUGGUUCCUGGACCGCCGGGGGCUGCCCCCACGGCUGUUCACCCAGCGGGCCUCGUCCUGGGGCGCACCAGCGCGGCAUCGGCCGACCGGUGCGGCGUGGCCGGCGGGCGGGCUGGCGCCGCGCGCGGCGAGCAGAUUCUGCCGGAGUGUCGCUCAGUGCCGGAAGCUCGGCGCCAGGGCUUUCAUCGGAGCAUCGGGGCUCUAGAGGCGGAAGGGCCGCGGCGCCGGCGAGCCCGUGGGGGAGCGGGGGGCGACGCAGCACGAUGCGAGAACCACGAA